UUAAUUACUCAUAAGAAUCUCUUUGCCGUCAGAACAAGCUUCGCUGUAGCGUUCUAAAACUUUGAGCAUUCCCAGCUCCCCCCACUAGCACAAGUGGUUGGUUCCGGGGCUGCAGCCAGUGACAGGCUCUGUAGGGGGAAGAUGGCGUCUGGUUGCUUAGCGCUGCUCUUGUAAAUCCGGUUUGCUAAAUCCGGGAGCCUUGUUAUCCCCACACCGUUACCGAGGCUGCUAUAGAAAUGUCUGACUCAGAAGAGGAGAGCCAAGACCGGCAGAUUAAAAUAGUCAUUCUGGGUGAUGGAGCCUGUGGGAAGACGUCUCUGGCCAUGCGGUUUGCUCAGGAGUCGUUUGGGAAACAGUACAAGCAAACAGUGGGAAUAGACUUCUUUCUUAAGAGGAUAACGUUGCCAGGAAAUUUAAAUGUAACUCUUCAAGUCUUGGACAUUGGAGGACAGACCAUUGGUGGCAAAAUGCUGGAUAAAUAUAUUUAUGGAACCCAGGGAGUUCUUUUGGUGUAUGAUAUUACAAAUUAUCAGAGCUUUGAAAAUUUAGAAGACUGGUUUUCAAUGGUGAAGAAAGUAAACGAUGAAUCAGAGACGCAACCUUUUGUUGCCCUUGUUGGCAAUAAAAUCGACUUGGAGCACAUGCGAACAGUAAAAGCUGAUAAACAUCAGAGGUUCUGCCAAGAAAACAACCUAGGAAGUUAUUUUGUUUCCGCAAAGACAGGAGAUUCUGUUUUCCUGUGUUUUCAGAGAGUUGCUGCUGAGAUCCUUGGAAUCAAAUUAAACAAAGCAGAAAUUGAACAAUCUCAGCGUAUUGUAAAGGCAGAAAUUAUCAACUUUCCUGAAGAGCAAAAUCCAGUCAACUCCACAAAUCAGAGUAAAAUUUGCUUAUUACAGUAGAUAAGAGAGUGGUGAAAGCGGACAUCGUGAACUACAGUCAAGAGCCAGUUACAAGAAUGGUCAACCCUCCACGAAGCUCAAUGUGUACAGUACAAUGAAAUAUGUUUUGACGUGGAGCCACAAAUAUUUUUUUACUAUUGCACAUGCUCAUGGUUUACCAGGAACUUUGGUUUAACAGUGACAAUCUUGAUUGGUGCAAUUAGAGGUUUAAAAACUUAUUGCAACACUUUAUUUUAUAAAGCAGCAGGCAGCCUUGGGCUGGCCAGGAUCCAGCCUUUGGACCACACACUAGGAAUUAUGAACAAGUUGUAUUUUCAGGAUACUUAAGAAAAUAAAUACUUAUUGUGUAGAGUAUGCCCCCUUAAUAUGAUGCAGCUAAUAUUACUGAAAAGGCAUUGGUUGGAUCAUAUAGCAUACAAAUUACCACGGGUAUAAACCACACUUCAGUAACCUUAUGGGACAAGAUAAUCAUCUUUUUAAUGUAUUUAUGUUUCAGGCUCUGUAUUAAGUUUAAAAGUAUCACUAGCUAUAACUGUGAAUGUAUUUUUUGUCGUGACAAUUACAUUGAAUUAUGUGUAUCUGUCUCCAAAAAAUGUUCAUUAUCCUUACAUUCACAUAACCUUAUGUACACUGUUUAUCGUACAAUUGGAUUUAUUUUUUUCUCAUUAUGUAAGACACGGCAGACACAACGUAAUAUCAAAGCCAAAUAUCAGUUCCAUAAGCUUUUUAAAAGAUAUCUUACUUCUACCUUUACUGACGUUAAAUCUCAAAAAGCAAAGUGUCUAACAGGGCAGUCUGGCAACCAUGUUUUUUUGCUCUCAAAAUGCACCCGGAUAUUUAACGUUUCAGUGCCAGGAUUUUAUCGAUCUUGUGUUGUCAUGUGACAUCAGGAAACAAGCGACAGGGUAUAGAUAAAAAAGAAACCUAGAACCAUAGAUUCUGCAACAAUAACAUGAUGGUACUUUUCUGCAGGCACUGUAGAUUCUAUGGCAUUUCUAGUGCAAGGGUAAAGGGGUAUUUCUAUAAUGUGAAGCACCAUAUUUAAAAGAUAUUAAAAGAACAGUACCAGUUGUGUUGCCACCAACAUGGAUUUAUGCAGCUUAGUCGCCAUAAAGUAUCCAGAGAUAAAGGAAAUAGGUAAAAUAGACAAUUAUUUUCUUAAAAGGUACUCUGUCUGGAUAAUAGAUCCCAUACCGUUAUUAUUUAUCUGACUAUUUUAUAGAAUUUAUGUCUACUGUGCUUAUAAACUCAAUCUAUAUUUUCAAUCACAAAAUAUAUGUAAAUUAAAUAGAUUAAAUCCAGGAUAUUUAUUGUUUCAAAGACUGUAUUUUAGUACUUAAAGGAAGAAGGUUCUUCCACACUGGACAUGUUGGUAAUUCGUUUGCAGUAGUUAAAUCAUCCUACUGCAUAAAGUGUUCCAAAGCUUGGAUGGACAACUAUAUAUAUUAUGAAACUGUUAAGAUUUCCAUCGUUGUAUGAAAUGGGAGACUGCAUAAUAAAGGGUACUUCUUAGAAACAAAAUAAAUAUUUUUUUUCUUGAUAAAUUCUUUGGAAGCACAUUCAAGACCAACAUACACACUUAAAUCCAAUUUGCUAUAUCUUUGGAAUCUCCAAUAAAUUUGUAUUUGUUGAGCUCUUAGGACAGGAAUGCUAAGGGCAGUGAAACAUGGUGUUUUACCCACCCUAUUUGUGAGUAGCCCAAACACACUGCACCAAAAUGCUCUCAAUGACAAUCACCGGAAAAGCUCUAGUUACAACUUGUGUCAUGCAUUUCUCUCCUGAUGGAAAUUACAUCAUAUUCUUGCUUAUUAAACCAUUUAUUGACCACUUUUGCCCUUUGCAGGGGCGUUGCCAUAAAAAAGGGCAUCAGAGUACAAAUGAAUAAACAUGUAAAAGAGUGGUUCACUGUUGUGCACCAUUCAUGUGAUGCGAUGGAGAGAAUUUCAGUAAAGGCCUAAGGAGAAAACACUUACCUUGAGGGUCCAACUCGCUUAGACCAGUGUUUUACAAAUAUUAAAAUAGGGAAUUGUCAGCCUAUGAACUGCUUAGCUUAUGUAAUAAAGUUACUCUUCAUAAAAGCCAUUGCUGUCUGGAUUACCUCUGAGAGAUGAAUAGAAAGUGGGUCUAAUUUUAGUUAGCCAAACUGUGUCUCUGUGGCUACCUCUGUGCCAUAAAAAGGUAAGCUAACAAAUACAAUGCUGCUGGUCUUCAGAAAAGCUGUGUAUUAAGGAACUGGUUAGUCUCGGAAGAUUUGGGGCAACAGUAAUGGCAAAACGGCAAUUGCCCACCAACAUUUACAUACUUCCUUAAGAAUUCUUUUUUUUACCCCAAAGAAAACAUGCUUCUCUUUACUUCAGCCUCAUUAUUAAAGGGUAACCAUAAGAGAGCUGUCUCCAGUGCUGUUAAUAGUAGAGAUAGGUUCCCAGUUUACUUUACCACUCUGGCCAAAAUCCAUCUUAGCUCAGUAAGCAAGGCUUGUCUCUAGAAGUCACUGCGCAAUAAACAGUGUUUUAAAAGAAAGAAGUUCAACCCAUCAGCAGUUUUUUAUUAAAAUGAUAAAUGGCCGCCAGUCAGAUGGGGUGUGUAAAUUAAUUCUAAAUAUCUUCUAAGGGGUGCACAAAUCUGUAUAGACUGCAUAGCCAGAAGGAGCUUUCAUCGCUUACACAUCAGUUGGAACAAGAAUGAAAAUUACCUACUGCACCUUGGAUACCUAUUCUAAUAGUCCGUUUGAGCAUACUUGUCUACUAAGCAUGUUCUCAUUGGUCAGUACAUCAAAAUAAAAACAAAACACACUGAGGAGCCGUGUUGAAAGGUUGACAGCGAGCCUUAUCAUAAAGGGCAUGUUGCUCUUGAUUGUGUCUUCUCACCAGAGAGCAUUGACAGACGAACAAGGACAAGUGCAGAAACUGCACCUUCCAGUCAGUGUUCAUAAAUUCUCCCAAAUAUUGCAGUUAAUCAGAAAAUGUUAUAGUUUGAAUGAGGCUUACUACAGCAUAGAAUAGGUUUUAGUAUCGAGGUAAUAUGAUGAGCUAAUGUGCAAACAAUGCAAUAUCUUAUGUAAAAAAAAAUUAUCCCAUAGGUAACUGUGAAUUUAUCAGUAUACUCAGGAAGGGAGUCCCUGCUAUGUAUAUUUAGAUUGUAAGCUUUUCUGGGCAGGUCCCUUUUUACCGCUUGUAUUGCUUAUCCGUUGUAUUUUUGUAUGCAAUUUGUAUGUUCAGUAUAUUAAUUUAUUGUACAGCGCUACAGAAUAUGUUGCAGUUUUAUAAUUAUGUGUUAAUAAUAAUGUUACUGAAUAAUGUUACUAUUAUGCAUGAAAGCUUGGUAAUGGUUGGCUGCACUGCCUUCUGUCACUGUGUAGUGUAACACCCUUGUUCAGCUAUGUCCUUUUCUUACAUAUAAUAAUAAUUUCUUUGGUAUUUUUGUGA